UCGUCAAUGACUCCGCCCAUCACGUCCGCCCACGCUUCAGCACAGAACACUCUCUUGCAGGACUUACAACACCAGGUUACCAUUAAGACACUAGAAUUCCGAACUCUCCAGCGCGAAUAUGACAACCUUCUCCAGAAGCUCGAACGCCAGAAAACAAAAUGCGCCACUCUUGAAAAGAAGUUUGAAGUCAGUGACUGUGAAAUCAACAGUUUGACAGACGAAAAGGAAAAAUUGCAAAGCCAAGUUGUAGCCUUUGAAGGACAAGUCGAGGAUCUGCAGCAGAGCCGGGAUGAAGCUCGACGCCAGCUGAUUGCAAAUGGAGCACAAUAUAUGCGCAUCAUGGAGAUGGCGAAUCGCCUGCAGUCUCAGGGAGCAGAUGACAAGAAGAAAUGGGAUGUAGAGAGGACGGAGUUGGAGCAGCGGAUUCGCGUGCUGGAAGAAGCCAUGGUGACUGGUGACCAGCAUCACGUCACACCCACGCCCGGCUCAGAACGCCAUGCAACCUCGAAUUACUCACCAGUACCGGGCGAAUCGACGCCCCAGAAUUAUGCUCCUUCGUCCUCGUCGCAAACCGAGACGAUCAAUGUUCUCCGGGCGGAAAUCAAUCGGCUCCGCUCGCGCACGCAGACGCUCGAAGGCACAGUCAGGACCAUGCAGCGGGAAAGCAUAUCGAUUCAAACGGCGGCACAGCAGCUUGUUGAUUCGAGUGAAAGGGUGAAGGAUGCGGCACGGGAUAUAAUAGGAGACGGCAAGUGAGAUUUGUCCAACAGCAGUUGAUACCCAGAAAAUCGAAUUGCGGUCUGGGAAUUUAUUGGUACUUGAGUGACAUAUAUCUUCAUCGAAGAUGGGAUGGAAUUUUCGGCGUCUCAUCUAUCACGCGUUUGACAAGUUUGGUUUGCUGUGAUGGAGUAGGAGUU